AUGACUGUCCCUGAAAGCUAUGUGCGAAGGUUGGAGAGCGAAAUCGCGCAGCUACGGCAGCCCAGUCGCGACAGCCAGAGAGUCGUGACUCAAGCGAGCUGCCAACUCACGACGCCAUCGAGCAAUGGAACCCCAGAGCAGACAUUGCAAGAGCGAUUGAUCGAGAACUCAACAACUGAACAUUUUGUACACAGGCUCAAAGGCGUGUACUCUAAUUCUACCCAAGAGAACUCAGGGACUUCCCCCUUUCCCACGACACCGACCCCUGAUGUAAACGAGUUUCAUGACAAUGAGAUUCAGUCCACGGCAUCUAAAUACACCUACAUUCCUCUUGAAGAUGAUAACAGCCGACCCAAGGUAUUCGUCAAAUUUCCACCGCACUCAUACUCUCUCUAUCUUCUGGGCCAGUUUGAAUCUUUCAUGGGUUCUGAUUAUCAUUGGUAUCGAAAGAAACGCUUUCGGGCUCGAAUAGAUAGCCUAUAUGACCCGUCACAAUCACAGAAAAUAGACAGAACAUGGCUUUGCUGCUUUUCUGUAGUUCUGGCCCUUGGAGAGUCAUAUAAUGACACUGUUUCGCCAUCAUUCCUGGUCGACAACCGAACAGGUAUCUCCACAAAUGACACUGCCACAGCGACCUUCGAUCAAGUUACCCAUCCGGGAAUUGAACUCUUCAAACAAGGAUUGCUCCUCCUACGACCAUCCUACGAAGAGCCGACAAUAGAGCAGGUCGAGGCCCUCAAUCUCAUUACAUUCUACUGCUACUCGCUCAAUCGACGAAGAACAGCUUAUGCGUACGCCGGGAUGGCUCUACGGUUGGCCAACCUCCUCGCGCUUUCAGAACCACAGACACACAUGAGCCCAUCGGAGCAGGAGCAUCGCAAACGCGUCUGGUGGACGACGAUUUGCAUGGACGCAAUGACUUGCAUAGAGUUAUCCCUGACACCAGCCCAUGCAUUAAACGACGACCGCAUCGAAUUUCCAGAUAGCUCUCGAUUAUCUACUGAAGAUGGGGAGGAAUUCUCAGAUUCUCAGUAUCUCACCGCGCAGAUCAAACUUUGCCGUAUCAAAUACCAUAUUGUCAAGACGGUUUCGGAGCUCCGUUUCGGAAGUCCUGGCGAGGCACAGGCGCUCAUUGAUCCCUGUUUACAGGCUUUGGACAACUGGAGACUGGAAUUCUUGCCAACUUUGGAGUUCACCGAAGAAGGAGGGUUUUCUGACGAGACUCUUGCGUUCCCGCCCAUGCGCACAACCGCAUCUUUGCUGCUUCGCCAUAACCAGUGUUACAUACUUCUUCUCCGCCCUUUGUUGUUGAAACAGCUUCAUGACCUCGUCCAUGAGAAUGGCGCGUCAAUGCCUCGCGAUGAUUUUGCAAGCACAAAUACACAGUGCUUGCAGGCCGCAACAAAUAGUACUCUGAUCCAAUUUGCUCUCUCGAAAUGUCAUAAAAUAGCGAAAUUCGGAUUCUGGGAGUCCCUUCACAUAUUUUCCAGCCUCACCGUGCAUAUAAUCUCCAGAUGUCUGAUUGCGAAGAGACCCAGUGCUUUUGCUACUGUACGGGAAAAUAUCCCGUACGGCCCUGUCAGGAGCUUACUGGGGGAAAUGGCUCGAGUCGGCAAUGCAGCAUCAAAGGACCACGAGAGAAUGAUUCACGACAUAGAAAAUCUAUUCACGGAGACUCCAUUCAAUACAGGUCUUACGGAAGGAAUCGAGGAUCUGGUAGAUUGGCCGGAAUAUAUGAACACGGAUAAUGUGGCCUUUGGUUUCGAUGACACGUUCCCUUCAUUCGGCUGGUCGUAA